UGCCCCCAUCGGCGCACUGUCCUUUGGCCACUGGACGUCAUGCCUCCCAAAAAGGAUGUUCCCGUGAAGAAACCAGCAGGACCCUCCAUCUCCAAGCCUGCUGCCAAGCCAGCAGCAGCAGCUCCUCCAGCCAAGACCACACCUGAGCCAGCUGUCCCCCCAGCCCCUGAGAAAAUCCAGGGGCCCCCUGUUGAUCUCUCCAAAGUGGUGAUCGAGUUUAACAAGGACCAGCUGGAGGAGUUCAAGGAGGCCUUCGAGCUGUUUGACCGAGUAGGGGAUGGCAAGAUCCUGUACAGCCAGUGUGGGGAUGUGAUGAGGGCCCUGGGCCAGAACCCCACCAACGCCGAGGUGCUCAGGAUCCUGGGGAACCCCAAGAGUGAUGAGCUGAAGUCCCGGCGAGUGGACUUUGAGACUUUCCUGCCCAUGCUCCAGGCAGUGGCCAAGAACCGGGACCGAGGCACAUAUGACGACUACUUGGAGGGGCUUCGGGUGUUUGACAAGGAGGGAAACGGCAAAGUCAUGGGAGCAGAGCUGAGACAUGUCCUCACCACCUUGGGAGAGAAGUUGACUGAGGAGGAGGUGGAGGAUGUUCUGGCAGGACAUGAGGACAGCAACGGCUGCAUCAAUUACGAGGCCUUCCUGAAGCACAUCCUAAGCGUCUGAGCUCUACAGGUAGGGCCCUCUCAUCCCUCAUCCCGCCUUGAGAGGCAGGUCUCCUUCCCGUCCCUCAGCCGGUCUAGAGAAGCAGGAGAGUGCGUUUUCCCAUCCGGUUGCUGCGCGAGCGCCAAGAUUUAGCAAUUUAUUUUCCCCGCAGAUCCAGUAGGGUCAGAACUGGGCCCCGCCAGGCGGAAGCACGUUCCUGCCACUAGGAGGCCACCUAUUGUUUCAAAAUAAAGACACCGUUCCUCCCUUGG